UGAAAAGUAGUACGUGUAUCGCUUCAUCCCUUGCAGCAGAGCAGAGUGUUUGAGUUGCACAAAGAGACGAAAUAGAACAAGUUUCGUUGCAGACUCGUGGCGGUUCCCCUGUAACACAAAAAAUGGUAAAUCCUCCUCCUGCACCUGCAAGCUUCUCGACUCAAGCAAACGCUCUUCUCAGAAAAAAUCUAACAUUCCAGAAACGGAACGUGAAGACCAACAUUCGGUUGAUUCUGUUUCCUCUGAUCCUCUGCGUGUUGCUGGUUGUCCUCCAACGCUUAAUCGACCGCCAAUUUGAUAAACCCCAGUACAAAUGCGGCUGCGUCUGCCCCAACGGUAAAACUAACUGCCCUAGCUCCGAGAAGCUCUGUGGGGCCCAGUAUUCCGAUGCCGAUCAAUUCGUCUUCUGCCCGAUUCCCAAUCCGCCGGAAUGGCCUCCCCUGCUGCAACUACCGUCGUUAUGUAGAACUGGCUCAGACGCUCUUACUUUCCUCUUCACCGCCGAUAACCGCUCAUUUGCUCAAAGUGUGUCUGGAAAUAUGUUUCCAAGUGCCUUCACUGUAAAUGAGUCUGAUAUCAUGGCUAGUUUGGCCACAAAUGUGAUGGGAUCAGAGGAAUCACCGGACAGCACCAAUUUUUUUGAUUCUGCUUUCUCUUCGGGUCUUCCGAUUUAUUAUCUAUUGAGUCAGUGUUCUCAAGACAUUGGAUUCUCCUUUCCCUUCCAGCUGGCUGGCGUCACUGUGCAGCAAGAGUUCAAGUGCGGUCAAGGUUUAAAUUUAUGGCGUGAUAGUUCUUCUGAGAUCAACAAUGAGCUGUAUAAAGGUUAUAAAAGGGGUAACCCGGAAAGAAAUAUCAAUGGGAUAGUUUCAGCUAUUGAUUUUCUAAAUUCAAAUGGGAAUAGAUUUAAUGUCACCGUAUGGUACAACUCAAGCUACAAGAGUGACACUGGAUUUGGUCGUAUUGAUUUGAUGCGUAUUCCUCGUUCUGUAAAUUUGAUAUCGAAUGCCUACUUGCAGUUUCUGCUUGGACCCAGUGCCAAUAUAUUAUUUGAGUUUGUGAAGGAAAUGCCAAAAGCUGAGACCCCACUUAGGCUAGAGAUAGCUUCUCUUCUGGGCGGUCUGUUCUUUACAUGGGUCGUCUUGCAACUUUUUCCUGUUGUUCUGACAUCGCUGGUAUAUGAGAAGCAACAAAAACUAAGAAUAAUGAUGAAAAUGCAUGGUCUUGGUGAUGGGCCAUAUUGGAUAAUUUCGUAUGGUUACUUUCUUGCAAUAUCAGUGAUCUACAUGUUUUGUUUUGUUACAUUUGGCUCAGUUAUAGGGUUGAAGUUCUUCACAUUGAAUGAUUACAGCAUCCAAUUUGUGUUUUAUUUCAUCUAUAUAAACUUACAAAUUUCACUGGCAUUUCUGGCGGCUUCCUUUUUUUCAAAUACUAAUACUGCUACAGUGACUGGAUAUAUAGGUGUCUUUGGAACUGGGCUUUUAGCUGGCUUCCUUUUCCAAUAUUUUGUUCAAAGUACAUCAUUUCCAAGAGGGUGGAUCAUUUUUAUGGAGUUGUAUCCUGGAUUUGCUUUAUAUCGUGGGUUAUAUGAGUUUGCACAAUUUUCCACGAAUGGGAGUAAUAUGGGGACUGAUGGUAUGCGGUGGCGGGAUCUAAGUGAUGGCACCAAUGGCAUGAAAGAGGUCUUAAUUAUCAUGUUGGCUGAGUGGGUAGUAGUGCUCUUUGCUGCUUAUUACAUCGAUCAAGUAUCGUCAUCAGGAAGCGGAAAAGGUCCUCUUUUCUUCUUGAAAGGAUUUCAAAGAAAACCUCCAUCAUUUCAGAAGCCUAGUGUCCAAAUGCAGGGGUCUAAAGUUUUGACCCAGAAUGAGAAACCUGAUGUCAUCCAAGAAAUGGAAAAGGUGGAGCAGCUCCAACUUGAACCAACUAUUAGUCAUGCAAUUGUAUGUGAUAACCUACAAAAAGUCUAUCCAGGGAGGGAUGGAAAUCCAGACAAAGUUGCAGUGAGAGGGUUGUUUCUUGCUGUGCCUCAAGGGGAAUGCUUUGGUAUGCUUGGUCCCAAUGGUGCUGGGAAGACUUCUUUUAUCAGUAUGAUGAUUGGUCUUACAAAGCCAACCUCUGGUACGGCAUCUGUUCACGGCCUUGACAUAAGAACUCAUAUGGAAGGAAUAUAUACUAGCAUGGGGGUAUGCCCACAGCAUGACUUACUUUGGGAAAGCUUGACAGGCAGAGAGCACCUACUUUUUUAUGGCAGACUUAAAAAUCUUAAAGGUUUGGUCUUGACACAAGCAGUAGAAGAAUCUUUGAAGAGUUUAAACCUUUUCCAUGGAGGGGUUGCUGAUAAACAAGCUGGCAAAUACAGUGGAGGGAUGAAGAGGAGGCUUAGUGUCGCAAUUUCAUUGAUUGGGGAUCCCAGAGUUGUUUAUAUGGAUGAGCCAAGUACCGGGUUAGACCCUGCUUCAAGGAAAAGCUUAUGGAAUGUUGUUAAGCUUGCAAAACGGGACCGUGCGAUCAUCCUGACCACACAUUCCAUGGAAGAGGCAGAGGCCUUAUGUGAUCGGUUAGGAAUUUUUGUAAAUGGUAGCUUGCAGUGUGUAGGAAAUGCAAAGGAGCUGAAAGGCAGAUACGGAGGAACUUAUGUGUUCACGAUGACAACAUCUUCAGAUCAUGAGAGGGAAGUGGAGAGCCUGGUGAUGAAGCUCACCCCAAAUGCCAACAAGAUAUACCAUCUCUCUGGUACCCAGAAGUUUGAGCUGCCAAAAGAGGAGGUUAGAAUUGCUGAUGUAUUCCGAGCAGUGGAAGCUGCAAAGAAGAACUUCACUGUUUCUGCAUGGGGUUUAGCUGACACCACAUUGGAAGAUGUUUUCAUCAAGGUUGCACGUGAGGCUCAGGCAUUUGAUACCCUGUCUUAAUUUUUGUACAAAAUACACUGCUAGUCUAUUCAUAAUCAUUUUUUUUGACACUACAUUUACAUCAAUGUAAAUGUGAGUGUAAUAGAAAAAAGAAUAAUAAUAGGAAAGAAAGUGAUCAAAAGAAAUUUAAUGUAAUUGUUUAAGAAAUAAAGUGUGUGAAAAAAUACACAAACUCUUAUGUGUGUACUA